CGCGUUGCAUUCCGUUGGCGCGAACUUUAACCGGAAGUUUGUGGUUUUCUUUGUUGUUUCUGUGUUGUGCUGUCGAAAUCGAGCUUUACAGUAUUGUUAUUUGUAGUUGUAAUGUAGAAUGUUAACAUUCUGCGUAGUUCAGUACCAACGUUUUCUGGUCUGCCGUUGAAUAAUUAUUGUAGACUAAGCAAGUCGGCUGAAGAGCACUCAUGGCGGAUGCGAUGUCUGAUGAUCAUGAUGCCAGCGACAUGAGCGGAGGAGAUGACGGCCAAGAAGAUGUGAUGACUCCAUCGGAACUGAUUAGGAAACUGGAAGAGGCUUGGCUGAAUGAGAAGUUCUCUCCUGAGCUUCUGGAGAACAAGUCAGAGAGGGUGGAGUGUUUGAUGGAGCAGCUGACUCACAUGGAGGCCAAUCUGCAGCGGGUUAGGAAGGGUGAUAUGAAAGCCAGUGUCCACCGCAUGGAGAUUGACAGGAUUCGCUAUGUCCUCAGCAGCUACCUCCGCUCUCGCCUCCAAAAGAUUGAGAAGUUUUUCCCUCAUGUCCUGGAGAAAGAGAAAUCUCGAGCGGAGGGAGAUGCUUCGUUCCUGUCUCCAGAGGAGUUUGCCUUUGCCAAAGAAUAUUUGGCCAACACAGAGACCUAUCUGAAGGCUGUAGCUCUGAAACACAUGCCCCCAAAUCUACAGACAGUGGAUAUGCUAAAAGCAGUGCCAGAGCCCUGUCUGGACUCCUUUGUGUUCCUACGUGUGAGGGAGAGACAGGAAAACAUCUUGGUGGAACCUGAGACAGACGACCAGAGAGAGUAUGUUGUGGAUCUUGACGAGGGUUCUCAGCAUCUGAUGCGGUAUCGCACUAUAGCACCUCUGGUUUCAAGUGGAGCAGUACAGCUAAUUUAACUGUCAAGCAUUACCAACACAACAAUGAGGCAAUUUGCCUCUGAACUGCAACACAACAGGCAGUAUAUUAUGUUAGCACGUUUGCAGAUCUGUCUCUGUAAUAACAUAGGCAUACUCUAUUUGGUCAGUUUUAGGUCCCUCUGUCCUUUGUUCAGUCCCACUUGUGAUGGCUGAUGACCAGAGGAACACUGACUCCCUUCAUUGAACAUUGCCUAUAUUGAUUGAAGUACAUUGAGAAGGGCUAUAUGGGCGUUAUUUGUGGACUACUAACUCUUCAGAAGCCGGGCAUAAACUGGAAUGUCUUUUAAAUAUGUUACUGAUUUACGUACCUGAGGACACUCAUAUCUCUCACAUGAAGCCUGCUUUGAGUUGUAAUGGUGAUCAUUGGAUAUAUAGGAGGCUAUAAGUGAGAGAGACUUGAGGAUGACAGGAAUACAAUCAUGUUAUCUACAUGUACAUUAUAAGGUUGAGUGGCACAAACAAAUAUAGGGAGUGUGUUUGUUGCUUGUACAAUAAAUGUGAUUUGAAUGGUGUAGAGAAUGUCUCAGUGGUCAUGUACAGUGUACACAUAUAAUUGCCAUUUGCAAUUAUAUGUGAGAAUACUCUUGCUUUCCAACCACGGUGCAAGCAUGUCAUUGCCAUACAUGAAUUUGUAUUUAGCGUGCUGUUGCUGCCUUGGUCUUAUGAUGUGGUCUAUUUCAAAUCUGGGUGUGUGAAUUGCUUAGACCAAUAGAAAUGAAGAUGUAGAUUUAUGUUUAUAGACAGACUGAUAUUAAUACUUUGACUCCAUGGUAUGAUGUCAAGUCCCCUGUUUUGGGGACCUGUGUGUUUCUAGUGCCGGUUCCGAUCGCUUAAAUCACAAUGUGGACACAAAAUGGCUUGCAUUGAGCGGUAGCCCUGAUUCUCACGCAUAGGAGAGUCUCUUCUGCCUUUGUGAAGCAUGAUAAGAAAUCUGACACCACUUGAAGCUGGGAUAUCCCUCCUACCAUUUAAUUUGGUCUUCCGACUGUCAACUCCUGCCUGAACCCUAAGUCACAGCCACUAACAAUGCAUAUGCCUGGAAUCCUUACAUCGUAACGCAGAAGGAGAGUGGAUUCGUCUCUGUAGCACAUUCAGAAGUCGAUUUAUAGCCAGCAAUCUAAAGUAAUUCAUAGAUUUCUGUUUGUCAUAGAUGGACAAGAUUAAUAUGAGAUAAAAGGUGAGUUCCUAACGAGUUCUGGAAGCCAAGCUAGAGCUCUGAGAUGUUCACAAUGAUGGGGUCAGACGUUUAGAAAAUAUGUACACUUUCUCUAACACUAAAUAUAUAAAUAUGUCUCUUACAGUUAUACUAUAGUUAGAAAAAGUACAAGUAAUUUCAAGUCUUAUGCAUACAGUUUUGUGGAAUAGGAAAUGUAUCAUAUUUGUACUGUGUAUUUGAGCUUGUGCCCUAAACUGACUACACCUAACUAUUUUUACCAGAAAGGUGAGAUUUGAACCUUUCUUGGAGUAUGCAGUGUUAUUGUUUAUGGCCCUCUCAUGAUAAAUCAUUACUUUUGGGGAUUACGUAGAUUACAUUUUCAGUUGCAUUUAAGAGGUUAAGUCUUUAGGAAUAGGACCUUGUCUCACGUUGCCCCCUAGUAAAUAAUGGUUGAUCAGCCAUAAGCUGUGCACCAACGGUCCACAAAGACACAAGCUGUUUGUAGGUGAGAAGAACACACCUGCAUCAUUACAUGCAUUAAUCUUACACACAUCCAAUGACACCCAGAAUCCCUCUCUUUCUAUGCAUCAGUAAAAACAUCUCAGUUGUGUGAUAAUUUAUGAAAGGUCAUGCACAUACAAACUAUGUACUGUACAGUACCUUCAGGAACUAAAAAAUUGAGGGAGUGUACAAUUGGCAUGCGGACUGCAGGAAUGUGCCAUUCAUCUGCAGCCAUCACCUCAUGCCUCAGCAUGAUAAUGCACGGCCCCAUGUCUCAAGGAUCUGUACACAAUUCCUGAAAGCUGAAAAUGUCCUAGUUCUUCCAUGGCCUGCAUACUCAUUUACAUUUAAGUCAUUUAGCAGACACUCUUAUCCAGAGCGACUUACAAAUCAGACAUAUCACCAAUUGAGCACGUUUGGGAUGCUGUGGAUCAACGUGUAGGACAGCGUGUUCCAGUUCCUGCCAAUAUCCAGCAACUUCGCACAGUCAUUGAAGAGGAGUGAAACAACAUUCAACAGGCCACAAUCAACAGCCUGAUCAACUCUAUGCAAAGGAGAUCGUCGCGCUGCAUGAGGCAAAAGGUGGUCACACCAGAUACUGACUGAUUUUCUGAUCCACGCCCAUACCUAUUUUUUUAAGGUAUCUGUGACCAACAGAUGCAUAUCUGUAUUCCCAGUCAUAUCAAAUCCAUAGAUCAGGGCCUAAUUUAUUUAUUUAAAUGGACUGAGUUCCUAAUAUGAACUGAAACUCAGUAAAAUCUUUGAAAUUGUU